AUGGCCGAAGAUAACAACAACAUGCAGCCGGACGUCCUCAGCGCCCUGGUUGCCGAGAUACGAAGUCUGAGAGAAGAGAGUUCCCGAAGAAACACCCAGUUUGAAGAACGUUUUAUUGCCCUGGAACUCCAACAACACCAGCAAGCCCGUUCGUCUGAACUCCUAGAGCCAACGCCAUCUGUCACCCCGGCUGUCCCCAUUGAGGACACCCGUGUGGUCGCCACUCACAACCCUCACCCAACCAAGCGCCCCAAAUUACGAGACAUACCGAAAUUCGGCGGCGACAAGGCCCAGUGGCGAAGCUGGAAACUAGAAACCGAAGGAAAGCUACGAGUCGACAAAGAAGCCCUUGGAGAUGCAGAAGGCCACUUUAUGUACAUCUUCAUGAGCCUAGAAGGCAAGGCUAAAGACAACGUGACCACAUUUGUGGAGAUGCAAACCGAGAAGAAAACGUUCAAUGUUGCUGAACUACUCAACCGCCUCGAAUUGCUGGAGAUCGCCAACGCCAACGCCGAGUAUUGGCCAGAUGACAGCAAGAUUUCCUACCUCCAGGAGGCCCUAAACGAUAAAAUGAAAGCAGCCCUCAUAGGCUCUGACCCCUCUGCCAUCAGCAGCUAUGUUGGGCUGGCGAGGAGGUGCGAUUCGCUGAGCAGCCAGAUGGAAUUGUUGGGUCAGUGGAAAAGGCCUCGAGGCAACACAAAGAGUUCGGACAACUAUGACAACCACCAGAAUCAUGGAGGCCAGGCUGCCCAGAAACAGUCUGGCCAGAAAACCGAAGUUAGACGAGAGGAUAUGAUGGAAUGGGAACCAACUCUACAAGCAUCCGCGAAAGUGAACGCUACGCGCACCCGCAGUGAUAAGAACACAUAUGGUUACCAAUCCAAGCGACCAGAAGACCAAGCGCUGUUGGGCAAGCGUGCCAAGUGGGUCGACCAGGCCGAGAUGGACGCCCGUUACCACGUCAGGGUGAACGGCACAGACUUCGUGCCAUCUCUUGUCGACUAUGGCUGCCUCUGCUACGGCGCGGUUAGCAAGCGCACAUUUCACUCUCUCCAGUUGCCACAUAUACGCGUUCAGCCGCGUAUCUUGGAGAACGCAGCCGGAGACGGCAAGGAGGUCAAAAUCGACAAGAUCACGUAUGUGUCGAUCGACCUCGAUGGACAUCAGCAGCAUCGUGUUUUCAUGUACGUCAUCGACGAUCUGAACUGGGAUAUGAUCCUGGGUAAACGAUGGAUGGAAGACCAGGAUGUUCACAUCCAUGCGAAGGAAGGAUAUCUCGAGAUCGGGUCCAAUGGAGUUCAACUGCCACCACAGUACCACAAGUGGUCUCGAGCUUUCUCUCAGCAACUGGCCGACCAGCUGCCCCCUCAUCGGCCAGCCCUACCCUGGGGACCGCUUUACAGCAUGUCCCGCGAGGAGCUAUUGGUGCUACGAAAGACCCUCACAGAACUACUCGACAAGGGAUUUAUUAGAGUCAGCAGUUCGCCAGCCGCAGCACCAGUCCUUAUGAGGGACCGCUAUCCCUUGCCUUUACUGAGCGAGACCUUGCGAACGAUAGCCAAGGCAAGGUGGUUCACCAAGGAUUACCUCGAUGAUUUUGUGUCAGCGUAUAUCGACGAUGUCCUGAUCUUCUCCUCUGGAAGCCUGCAAGACCACCGCGACAAAGUCGGCAAGGUCCUCCAACGACUGAUGGACGCUGGGCUGCAACUGGACAUCAACAAGAGCGAAUUCGAAGUCAAGGCUGUGAAAUACCUUGGGUUCAUCAUCGAGGCGGAGUGUGGGAUCCGAGUCGACCCAGAGAAGGUUGAGGCUGUGAAGGGAUGGGCAACUCCGACGAAUAUUAAAUCCGACGUGCCAUUCCGUUGGGAUGGAUUGUGCGAAGAAGCCUUCGAGAAACUCAAGGACCUGUUGAUCACGGCCCCGAUCCUUGCACACUUCCAUCCAGAAAGGGAGACUAUCGUGGAAGCGGACGCUUCAGGAUUCGCGUCGGGAGGCAAACAUUCGGCAGCCGAAGCGAACUACGCUAUCCAUGACAAGGAGCUACUCGCCAUUCUCAGAUGUUUGGAGCAGUGGGAACCAGAGCUACGGGCAGUAGAGCACUUCAAGAUCCUAACGGACCACAAGAACCUGAGAUACUUCUACUCGGAAAGGAGGUUGACAGAGAGACAAGUGCGGUGGUCGGAGUUCCUGUCCAAGUUCCAAUUCAAGCUCGAAUGGAGGCCAGGCCGCAAGGGUGGAUUGCCUGACGCGCUCUCUCGACGGGACCAGGAUAUGCCGAAGGAUCCCAAUAUCGACAUUGUCUACCAACACCGAGGUGCCCAGGAAAUCAACUUCGGAAAAGAGAUUAGGAUAUUUGAAGAUGAGGAGUUACAGCAGCUGUGGCACGCCGCACGCCAAGAAGACAAGCUCUAUCAAGAACUCACGAAACAAUAG